GCCAAAAACCAUGAGGACAUCGCGCGUCGCAAAAGAGACGUCCAAGUACUUUGACAGCAAUGCAACUACUGUGAUACCCCGUCGCUCGACCCGCUCUAGUCUUGCUCGGUUCGCGUACAGCAGCAGCGCAAACGACGCAAGCAACCAUGCAGAUAAUGCACAUGCCAAGGUGACUCUCGGGUCUGACAUUGAGGAUGCCGUCAAGACAACUGUCACCCGCAAGCGGAAGCGCACCGAAACGGUAACCCAGUCAAUGCCCAUACGAGCUACGAGCAGGACGACAAAGACCGAAAUUAAGGCCGAACUUGACCCGGAUGCCGAAACCGAAACAAAGGCCCGGCCACGCGGCCGCGUGCGCAAGCCAGCGCGCAAAACAACCGACGCGGCCACGGGCGCCGUAACCGUCGAGCCGCCCUCGGACUGGGAGGAAGUCUACAACCUGGUCAAGGCGAUGCGCCUCACGGGCCCGGCGGCCAACGCGGCCGUCGACACCAUGGGCUGCGAGCGGCUCGCCCGCCCCGACGCCAGCGCGCGCGACCGGCGAUUCCAGACGCUCGUGGCGCUGAUGCUAUCGUCCCAGACCAAGGACACGGUCAACGCUGAGGCGAUGGCGCGCCUGCACACCGAGCUGCCGCCGCACAAGCCCGGCGCGCCGGCGGGCCUGAACCUCGAAAAUAUGCUCGCCGUCGAACCCGCGCUGCUGAACGAGCUGAUCGGCAAGGUCGGCUUUCACAACAACAAGACAAAGUACCUCAAACAAACCGCGCUCCUGCUCCAAUCCAAGUUCGGCUCGGACAUACCCACCACCAUCGAAGACCUCUGCUCCCUUCCCGGCGUCGGGCCCAAGAUGGCUCACCUCUGCAUGAGCGCCGAGAACGGCUGGGACAGCGUGCAAGGCGUGGGCGUCGACGUCCACGUACAUCGCAUCACCAACUUGUGGGGGUGGCAUGGUUCCCCGCCGACAAAGACGCCCGAGGAUACACGGAAGGCGCUCGAGGCAUGGCUGCCGCGCGACAGGUGGAAGGAAAUUAAUUGGCUGCUGGUCGGGUUCGGGCAGACGGUCUGUCUGCCCGUGGGCCGCAGGUGUGGGGAGUGCGAGCUCGGGUUGAGGGGCCUGUGUAGGGCGGCGGAGAGGGGGAAGGUCAGUGAGGGGAGGAAGAGGAGGUUGGUGGUGAAGAAGGAGGAGGAGGUGGUGAUGGACGGGGAGCAGGUGACGGUUAAGAAGGAGGCCGAGAUGGAGGUAGUGGUUGAGGGGAGGAGGGAGCGGGACGUGGUUGUUAAUGAGCCCGUUGAAGUGCCCUUGGGUAGUCCGAGAGUCAAGGUCGAGGAGACGUGAGGCGGUUGAUGAUGGGGUAGGUAUUGUGUAAGUGCAUUGUGAGACCGGCUCGGGUGGUAUUCCCGGAGCCGGCUCCGCUUUGAUACCCCACAGACCAUUCUCAUUAAGUAUCUCCUCAUUACUCCAGUCAGUACGAAGUAAAAUCUCUUGGCGCGCGUCGAGUCAUGGAUACGAUAUCGGAGGCCGCAUCCACUGCUGAUCGUCAUCGGUCGGCGCAAUCAGGAAAUGUGAUAGAACGCUCAACUUUGGUGAAUCAGUGGCAACAUAUAG